AUGAUUUAUAGCGAUAAGCAUAAAAUAGUUUUACAAACAUUUAUAAAUGAAGGUUUGUUAAAUGAAAGUAAAGCAAAAGACCUAGUUAUCAAUUUAUUUAAUGAUGAUGAAAUAUCGGUAGUAAUAAAUCAAAUUAAUCAGCAAUUACAGCCUCUAAACAUGUUAAUUAGAAAGACACAGUGUGAAAUUACAGGUCAGAUUUAUUGGGUUUUAAUUUCCACUGUACUUGAUGAAGUUACCAGAUUUCAAACUGAAUUUUCAAAAGCUCAGUUGACCUUGUUAAGAACCAUAUUUUCUGAAAUUAUAACUUCAAACAAUGGAUGCAUACAAAGUACAGUAUGUUUAAAUUUAUGCUCUUCUUUAGAUAUAAAAUUAUCAAAAACAGAAGCUGAAGAAUUUUUAGAUGAUGUAGUUAAAAGAAAAUGGUUAGCUUAUAAGGAUGGUUAUUACUAUGUUGGUUUAAGAAGUAUAACUGAGUUAAUGCCAUACUUUAGAGCCACUUAUGAAGGCAAUUUAAGUACUUGUUAUCUUUGCAAACAAGUUAUUUUUCAUGGCAAAAAAUGUGAUAAUUGUGAAACCUUUUUCCACUUAUACUGUUUGAAAAGAUACAUUAUGAUUCACAAUCCUAUGAAGUGUCUUAAUUGUGAUACUAUUAUCUCAGACAUUGAUCUCUCUGGAAAUAAAAGCGGAAAAAUAUUAACGCUAUAAAAUGGGAAAACAGAAACU